GGCCUCGACUUCUGCACACUUCUCCUUCUGAUCCACACAGAGGCCAACACAGACCACAAACAUGUACAAGCUGGUGGUGUUGUUCGCGGCCGUCGCCGUCGCCUCUGCCGCUCCCUCCGGUCUGGUGGCCCCCGCGGUCGCCGCCUACUCUGCCUACCCCGCCGUCCAGACCUACGCCGCCGCACCCGUGGCCGCCGCCGUCGCCGUCGAGUCCCCCACCGUUGUGGAGACCCGCACCUCCGUCGGCUACGCCCAGACCGCCGCCCUCAGCAAGCAGGUGCACUACGCUCCCCAGCCCGUGGUCACCGGCUACAGCUCCUCCGUCAUCAAGCCCGACCUGGGCGCCCUCGCCACCCCCCUGCACUCUGUGCUCCAGCAGCGCGUCCUGGCUCCCAGCCGUGCCGUGCAGACCAUCACCCCUCAGGUGACGCACGUCCAGCCCGAGCUCCACGUCCAGAAGGUGGCCGUCGAUGUCCCCGUCCAGACCCCCUACGUCAGCGAGGUCGAGGUGCGCACCCCCCAGGUUGUGGCUAAGACCGCCCCCGUCAUCGCCACCCCGGCUGUGACCACCUACGCCGCUGCCGCCCCCGCCGUGGCCACCUACGCCGCUGCCGCCCCCGCUGUAGCCACCUACGCCGCCGCCCCCGCCUACGGCUACGCCGCCGCCCCCGCCUACGGCUACGCCGCUGCCCCCGCCUACGGCUACGCCGCCGCCCCCGCCAUCAACACCUACGGCUACGGUUACGGUUACGCCGCCGCCCCCGCUGUCUACAAGCAGUGGUAGAUAAUGCAGGCCCCACUGCGGAGGUGCGCAGCUCACUCGUCGAAGCGCUGACUCUGCUCUCCGAUGACUGCCAGAAAGACGAGGGAUCCACUCGAACCGCCUGGUUUUCGGUUCGAAUGGAACCUUCUCGCGCGUCUUCGCAGUUUCUUCUCUUCCUUUACCCCAUCUGUUUGACUGUAAAAUAAAUCAAUUUUAGACCAGUU